CCUGUGGCUGUCAGUAAGCCAGAAGCGCGCGCGCGGCCGUGGCGGCAAGUAGUUCGUGUGUCUGACAGCUGCGCGGUGUGUGCAAAUAUUGAGUGAAACUGAUCGUGUUUGUGUGCCGGACUAUUUGUAUUGUUUGUGGGACGACGAAUUAAUUUUAAUAUCUGAUAGAUUAUAUGCAGUGCUCCUUGUGCAAUUACGUCAUGGCUGGAAGGAACUUUUGACAGCACCAUGUCAAGAUUAAAAAGAUAAAAUGUCAAAGAAAAAUUCAAAAUUAAAGUUCUGAAUAGUGAAGUGAAAGUGAAGUGCCUAACUAUGUCCGAGUUAUCGUUCGAUAUUUAUGAAAACAUUACAAACAUGGACCAAAACAUUACGCAUUACCCGCCAGAGGCCACGGUGCUGGCUGCAGCGUGCGCCUGCAUCUUUAGUGUCGUCGGAGUCGUCGGUAACCUGGUAACGACAGUGGCGCUGCUGAUGCACCCGAAGUUGCGCGGCCAUGUGACCACGAUGUUCGUCCUCUCGCUCUGUGUGUCGGACCUCCUCUUCUGUUCCAUCAACCUGCCGCUCACCGCCAACCGGUACAUCAAGCAGAACUGGAGCCUCGGCCCCAGUCUCUGCCAGAUGUUCGCCUUCGUCUUCUACGGCAAUGAGGCAGUCUCCCUCCUCUCUAUGGUCGCUAUUACUAUAAAUAGAUACACUUUGAUCGCGUACUACGACAUGUACUCGCAAAUAUACACGACCACUAAGAUCUGGGUACAGCUGCUGCUCAUAUGGCUCGUGUCUUUCGGAUUGAUGGUACCACCUCUCCUCGGCGUUUGGGGUCAACUAGGGCUGGACCCCAGCACGUUUUCGUGCACGAUCCUCCCGAAAGAGGGCAGGUCUCCGAAGAAGUGUCUGUUCGUGGUCGGCUUCGCUCUCCCGUGCGUGGUGAUCAUCGUGUCGUACUCGUGCAUCUACUGGCGGGUGCGGCAGAGCAAGCGCAAGCUGGAGGGACGCAGGUGUGUAUGUGGCAAACUGUCCGGCCAAACUGCCAAAGAGAAAGAAGAGGACUCCCGGCUGACGACGCUGAUGCUGACCAUCUUCCUGUGCUUCCUGGCGUGCUUCCUGCCGCUGAUGAUCAUGAACGUGGCGGACGACGGCAUCACGUACCCCUGGCUGCACAUCAUCGCCUCCAUCCUCGCCUGGGCGUCCAGCGUCAUCAACCCACUCAUCUACGCAGCCACCAACCGCCAGUACCGCGCAGCUUACGCCAAUUUACUAAAAUUUUGCAAAAACAGCACCGUCAAGAAGCGCACGACGUGGGGCAGCCGGACCAUGGCCAACUCCUCCAACUCACCGCACUACGCAGACAAACGAAACCACAUGAAGGAUAAACCCGCCGACUUAUGAAUCAACCAGUGACAUCUGCCGGACACUGGCGGAAACUGCGUUUUAGAUUUCAAAUCAACCUGUCAAUGUUGCCCAGUAAAAAAUCGAAAAAUCAUUGUGAAUCGAUGUUCGUUCAGAAUAAUUAAUCUAUCAGCUAUUUCUAUUAAGAAAGGAAACUUUGAAACUGAUGUUCUAUGCGUUGAUUUAGGGGUUAAAUAAUUUAUACAGCGACAUUUAUUUGCAUUAAUUGUCCGCUAGGUACUUAAUGUUAACCCGAUGCUGCAUUUACAUUUUUUAUGAAUCUCAUUAACAGUGCGCCUACAUACGAGUUGAUUGCAAUAAAAAUAUAAAGCUGUUCUAGAAACCGGGUCCUCUUACCAAAUUUUUAUAUACUACAUAAUAAUAAGCAAAUACACAAGUCUACGUUUCAUAAGACGCUACGACGUGUACACGAUUGACACCUUCUACAUAAUAUUUUUGUAAAUAUUAAUUAUAAACAAUUGUACAUACUAUAAAACCAAUGGCGACUACUUUACUAGCUUGUAAUGAUGCUUACCAUUUAACUUAACCAAAGUAAAAUAUUACCUUUAUUUUAUUAAUAUAAUGUUUUGUACGAUAAGAGAGUAGAUAUAAAUAAUAUUAUUUAAUAAUAAGAAUGCAUUCCUUUAGGUAAUAAUUUGUGUUAAUUUUGUACGUUCAGUUCUGUAAGAUUGGGUCCAGGCGCUAAAUGAUUGAUUGUAAUUUGAAUUUGGUUUGUCUGCAUCCGCCUCAAGUUUACUUGACAAUUAUUUGAUGCGAUCAUUCAUUUAUUAUCUUUAACAUGAUUUGGGAAAUGUCAAAUUAUCAUUUGAAGCACAUGAUCGAGCUUAUUAAAAAAAAAUAACAUUAAAGAGGAUCUGUUCCAUUAUUUUUAUUACCUAAGUAGAUACCUGUAAUUAGAAAAUAUUUAAGUCCAGCAACAGUACCAACUACUUAUUACAGAAGUAACAGCGAUCCUGCCAAAUAAUUGUCAUGUUUUGUAGUAGCAAAAUAUUAUAAUUAUAAUAGUUCUUUUGAAGACUGAUACGUAAAAGUCAAUUAGGAUAAAUAGCCCCUCAAACAUAGUUAACGUUGGAGUUACAUUUAUAUUGACGUUGUUAUGUCUUUAUAUACAUUCUCGAUUUGCAAAGUUACUAUUUAUUGAACCAGAACAAUUUGGAAGAAUAUCUAAUUUAUGAAAAAUCAUGGAAAGUUUUUGCUUAAAUAAUUUAUUGUAUUGUAAUUAGCAUAGAUUUGUUAUAAUAAGUGAACCAAAGGUAAAAUAAAUAAAUGUAUUUAUAUAAAA